AAUCACUUCCGGUGAAAAUGGAUAGUCUGCUUUUGUUGAUCUUGUGUCUUGUAUCAUUAUUUAUAGCAGAAUAUGGAAUGGGUAGUGAUGAUUUUAGGAUUCCUUUGUUUUCAACCAAAACACCAUAUUUCUGGGGGAAGGAUAUAGAUGAAUUCAUCCGGGAAGAUGAGGAAAUUUGGGUUGAUUAUGAUAAUAAAGAAUGUCAAAUUAUUCAUUUGAACUUAAUUCUGAGACAUGGGUCUAGAUUACCGACUUUAUCUUGGAUAAAGAAAAUGACAAUCAUUGGUAAAGUCCUUAAAAGCAAUCCCGAGGUUGUGGAAAGGUUCCCAUUUCUUAAUUCGUGGGAAAAUCCUUUCCCAGAAACACAAGCCGGACAUUUGUCUGACCUAGGAGAAGAUGAACAUUUUUCACUUGGAAGAAGAUUUGGGAGAAGAUUCAGUUUAUUAUUUGAUGGUGAUUUGGAAAACAUUUUCUAUGGUGUCACAUACAAACAGCGAACACAGGCAAGCUGUGCUUCAUUUUAUGAGGGUUUAACUGACACCGUGGAAGGGGAAUCACGGACAAAUGUGAAGCCUGCAAUAAAUGAUAAACUCCUGAGAUUCUUUGACACUUGUUCAAAAUAUAUUAAAUCAGUUGAAAAUAAUAAAACUGCUGCCCCAGAACAUACUUCAUUUAAGUAUGGAGCUGAGAUGAAAAGAAUUGCUAAAAAGAUUGCUGACAAGCUUGGACUAAAGACUUUAAAUUCAGAAGAAGCCCAGACUAUUCACCAUUUAUGUGCCUUUGAGCUAGCAAUGUUUGAUAAGUCUGAUUGGUGCGAUAUGUUAGAAAAGGAAGAUUUAUUCAUUUUCGAAUAUCUUUAUGAUUUGAAGCAAUACUGGAAAAGAGCUUAUGGUCACUCAGUUAACUGGGGAAUGUCUUGUCCAUUUGUCAGCAAUUCAUUUAAACAGUUUAAUGACAUCAUCUAUAAAGCUAAGAAUGGCGAGGAUUAUAACGUGGCAGAUAUACAGUUUGCACAUGCAGAAACUAUCAUUCCAAUUUUCACAGCAUUUGGUUUAUUUAAUGAUUCCAUUCCACUAAAAGCUGAUAAUUAUGAAUCUCAAAAGGAACGACAAUUUAGAACAAGUAAAAUAGUACCAAUGUCUGCCAGUUUUGGCAUAGGACUAUACCAGUGUGAGGCCAGUGAAGAUCCAGAAGAGGUUUAUGUUGUAAGAAUGUUUGUCAAUGAAAAACCUGUAGUUAUACCUGCAUGUGGACAGCAAAUAUGUGAAUACAAACAUUUUAUGAAGUAUUAUGAUGACUUGGUGAAUUGUAAUUAUGCAGAAAUUUGUGAAAACAACAAACUGCAUGAUGAAUUGUGAUGAAGGCUUCCAAAUAAUUAGGAAAUUUAAACAUCAGUCUCAGUCCCAGGAAAAGAAAUUAAAUAUUUUAUUUCAAUUCAGAUAAAGUAUUUGUAGAGUAAGAUACACUUUUGAAAUUUUUGCAUUUUUCUGAAAUAUCACAGACCAAAUGUCAGAGACCAUGAUCUAUUAUCAACUUUUGUAAACAAAUUACUACGAAGAUUUUUGAAUAUCAACUGACAAAUGAAAAAUUGCUUAGAUAUUAAUGGGAGUUUUUACAUUAAGGGAUAUGAAAACAUGCCUUAUAAAGGGCAUUGCUAUUCAAAGUAGAAAUUAUUUAUUUCUUGGUUUAUAAAAACAAGAACUACAUUUUGAUAUUUCUGUGACUUGAUAUUAACUGUUUCUCUCAACCUUUUGCAGUUCAUUCAAAAGUCUUCCCAAAUUACUAUCUGGUCAGACAUUUUAACAAACUGAAGAAACACAGUCUAGUCAACAAAGUGCAUGGUGAUAAAAUGAAGCAUAUUAAAGAUCUAUUUAGAUUUGAAUACCACUUCAUCAUGUUCAUGGCUUCAGAGAUAUGGUGGCCUAAAAUAUUAAAGGAUAUGUUUAUUGUUAUUUGAAUUUGUUUGCAUUUAUUGUAUUUAUUGAAUUAUUUAUGUAUGAAGACCGUUUGUUUACCUCUAAAUAUCUUACUGCUUAUUUUAUCGUUGGGUUGCUGACUCAUUCCCAUGAAUCCAUAUCUCUUAUCAUUCUUAUUUAUUACAUUGAAAAAGGAUCUUAUAAAUGCCUCAGAACAAAUAUUAGUAUUAACUUAUGACCACAAUCUUGGAUGACACUUAUAUUUCGUGUAAUAUUUGUUGCAAAGUCCAUCAGUUAGAGUUAACAUGACAUUGACCUCAUUCCAUGGUUCAUUGGUCAACAUUAAGUUUUUGUUAUUAGGUCUGAACAUUUCUCCGAUACUAUAAGUAAAAGGUUUCAACUACCAGUAUGUUUGUUGUAAAUAAUGAUUGUAAAGUGUACAUGUGUGUCUGUCUGACAGGAUUCAUCUCACCUUGACAGUAUUUUCAUGGAUCAUUGUUAUACCUGUAAUAAGAACUUGCAUGAACUUGAGACUUUCAAUAUAAAAUUCAAUCAUAAUCAGCUGCUAUGCAGACAACACAUUUCAGCAGGUGCACUUUUAUGAAAUUAUUUCAAACUAUAAUGAAAACUAUUUCUGAAUUUUUAAAAAGAAACAUGUGUAAGACAAUCAUAACAGUGAAACUAAAUGGGCAAAGUUUGCCUAUGUUAUAUUUUCCUGUAUAUUACAUGUACAAACGAAUUACAAAAGAUGAUAAAUUUAUAUGAUAAAAACUGUCUGAUGAAAGCUUUAUAGGAUAUUACACAUGUGUUUUGAAAAUAUAUGUCUUUUUUAUUUAAUGUUAAUAUUUUGAACUCAGUAGAGGACUAUUGGAAUGCAGUUCAUGCAUGUUUGGAUUUAGACUGAACUCUGCUCUGAAUAGUUUAAUAAACUGGCAAGUCUGUCCCUAUUAAUUAUCAUGGAGCUUGGGGAAAAAAUCAUUUUAUGUAAACAUUUACCAGUUUUUAACCAUGACAAUUUAAGUGUAAAAUUUUCUGUAAUUUUUUUAGAAUUAAUGCUUCUUAUUGAUAGAGAGAAAAAAUUUUGAAUUUGUGAAUAAUUUUACCCUUGAACAUUCUACAUGUAUAAUUGGAAAAUGACAUUAAGGUCUAAUAACAUGUUUCAAAAAAUGACAAGAAACUUUUUUCCUUUUUUUGUAACCUCCAAACUUUUGGAGUUGCAUUACUCUGUGCUUGCACCAGGACAGUUCAUUUUUCUUUUUAUUUAAUUAUUUGUGUUUUUUCUUGGAUGGGGGAUUCCUUUUUUCUAUCCUCCUCCUUUGAUGGAAAACUAAAAUUGUUACUUGUUCUGGAGUUUUAUUAAAAUAUCUUUGAUUAUGAAAGUUAUUUCUUACUUGCCAUAUUACAAGUAUGACAAGGAUAGCCAAAGAAGUUUUUGUUUAUGUUAUUAUUGAAUGUUAGUUUAUUUACAUUUUAUAACUUACUUUUACAAUUGAGUCUAUUAAAUAUGUCCAAAUUUA